GAAUAAGAGUAAUGUUCUUAAAACUUAUUAACUUCAGUAUUGUUGAUGAAGCAAAAAAGUCUCAGGCCAGGUUUCUGAUGGCCUGAAAAUGCUGGAAGGUGCUGGAAGUGGGAUUUUCUAAAGCUAAGGAUCUCUGAUGUCACAACAGACAUUUUCCUAAUAUAAGCCUAAACCGUGGCCUCCUAAUGAAGCAGUCACACUGAGUUCGCAGCUCUCAUCCCAAGUACCAGUCACUGGCAGAUGGUACACGGUUAUUAGAACAAAUGCAAAUCAAAACAGUAAAAGAUGAGGAAAUGGAACAGAAAAUACUUAUUUGCUUCUUGGGAGUUUUAAUUUCUUGCUGUCCAAAUGCUCGAUUUCCAGGAACAUAUUGAAAGCACUGUAUCCCUGUGUCAACAAACACACUUGCAGUCUUUCAGCUGAGUGAGAUAUGACAGUAUCCAAAGUCUCACUGUUUCAGGGCCUAUAGUCCCUUCUUGAUGUUUGGCAUGGCACCAGCUACACACCUCAGGCACUUAAUACAUAAUUAUUUCUGAUCUCUUCUGAAGUGGAAAGUAAAUCAAAUGCUAAGUGCACUGUCUCAUUUUGAAAAGUGAUGUUCAAACAAACACUCUGCCAGCUAUCAUGAUAACCUUAUUAAAACACAGUCAGUCCAAACUUCUCACUCUGUGACAUAUGUUCUGGAGGAGACCUAGGGAAAAAGACCCUAAACAAACACAGGACAAUGGAAAAUUACAUCAUUGGCCUGAGCGGUCUAAUUAAAUUUCCAAUAUCAAAAUGCUCCUCUAACCUCCCUGAUAACUGAACAAAAGGUGAGAGAGAAAAGCAGAGUGGAGCUGAAGCAUUUAACAGCGUCAAACUGGGAAUAGAUGGAAAAGGUGGAAGAUAAAUGACAAAAAAAAUCUGCAUAAUAGUCUUCCUUUAAAGGAAGUGUACUGAAAGAUUAAAAUACCCCAGAAGAUCACUUCAGAAACUGUGAAACUACACAAGGCCAGCAAUCUGCUACCACAAAGAAUAUGUUUUGUUCUUUCAGGUGAGAGCCAUUUUUCACGUAGCAAAUGAUGCACCCAGAUCUCUGUCUGGCACAAGGACUCCUUGCAAAUUGAGCUGCUGCUUGGAAAGUUCUUCAGAAAGGCUGUCUUCACUGCCAAGAGGUUUUUUUGAUUUCUAAGGAAUCUGGCAAACUUUGAAGAGAUAACAAUGAUUUCCUUUCCUCCUUGUGUCUGCAUCCAUUAAUACGGACUGUAUUUGAAUCAACAUUAUUUUCUGACUGUGAUAGUUCACAAAAUUGCUUUAUACCUUAAGCUUUCAAGAACUGUGGAAUUUACUAGAUAGGAACAUCAGUUGCAAGCUGCCUGAAGCACAAGGUAAAAAUAUAAAUGUGUUUAUCUGUCUCUCUCUUCCAAAAUGUUGGGUGUAUAUGCUAAUUUUUCUCUGUCAUUUUUUAGCUUCAUCUAAUAUUUUUAUGAAAAAUAAUUUUGGAUUUGUAUAAGAGGCAAGCAAUACAAGGGAUGAAGUCAAAUCUUCUAGCACAUUUUUCAGUCUUUGGAAACUACGUAGACUGUGGAUCAUAGUUAUCAUGAGACUGGUUUCUAUCAAACGGUAAUGCAAAGCCAACUCUACGUUUCACGUUGAGACCAGAAAUGGGUUCCAUCACAAAUGACAGCCAUUUUAUAAAUGAUACGGACUACUAUGAAGAACAAUCAUCAUCUUUAUUUGACAUUCACAUCCUGGUACCUGUAACUAUAAUUUCCAUCAUUUUGUUUUUCUUGGGUGUCACUGGGAAUGUGAUAACAAUAUUCAUUUUCAAACAGCGUAGGGAAAUGAGAACUACAGUUAACAUGUACUUAUCCAGCAUGGCCCUCUCAGACAUUUUGAUCUGCCUUGGUCUGCCUUCGGAUUUGUACAGGAUUUGGAAAUACAGGCCAUACAUAUUUGGUGAUUUUCUCUGCAAAUUUGUGUUUUACCUCAGUGAAACCUGCACUUAUUGCACCAUAUUGCACAUCACUGCUCUAAGCGUGGAAAGGUAUUUUGCAAUAUGCUUUCCUUUGAAAGCCAGAACCACAAUCACUAAAUGCAGGGUGAGAGGGGUCAUUCUUGGGUUAUGGGUUUGGUCACUACUGACUGCCGGCCCUAUUCUGUUCUUGUUUGGUGUGGAACAUCGCAAUGGAAGCCUGCCCGAUGAAACCAGGGAAUGCAAGUACAUAGAGCACUUGGCCCGCACAGGCCUUUUAGAAACAAUGACUUGGGUCUCCACCAUUUAUUUCUUCCUACCAAUUCUGUGCUUGACUCUGCUCUAUGGACUCAUAUGCAGAAAGCUCUGGAGCAGCAGGCACAACCUGAGAGGGCCCCAGGCAGCAAGCAGAGAAAAAUACCACAAGCAAACCAUCAAAAUGCUGGCAGUAGUAGUUCUGGCCUUUGUGUUGUGUUGGCUGCCAUUUCACAUUGGUCGAAUCCUCUUCGCCCAGACUGAAAUCAUCCUGUACGAUGUCACUCAGUAUUUCAACCUCAUCUCCAUGAUUCUCUUUUACCUUGGAGCAUCUAUAAAUCCAAUACUUUACAACGUCAUGUCACAAAAAUACAGACAAGCAGUGAGCAAAAUCCUGAAUUAUGGCCAGGUCUGGCAUUCCAGAAGCUUGACAAGGAGUGAAAAGACUUCUCUUGAAGGUACGGAGGUCAGUUCUUUCGUGUAAACAGUUCACACAUCUACUUUACUUCAGCAUCCUACACACCCAGGUUUUUGGUUGUCUAAUGCAUGGCUGAAUCAUAGGUCAACAUUAAUCCCAGGUACUAGUGCACAUUGUAGCUGGAGGUUGUGGGGGUGUUGGGGAGAGAAAAAAAGUUCACUGCUCAUGUCUUUAUACAAAAUCUGCUUUAUUGACAUUGCCAUUGCUUAUGCUUCAGGGUGAGGCAAGUAGCAUUGCCUGCAAUAUAUAAUGUAAAAAUUGAAACUAUUCCCAUAACCACUUGCAGAAGCCUGUUCUCUCUGAAGUUCCGGGCUUCAAGCAAAUGCCUCUACACAUUGUUCCAACUAUCCAUAAAACUCAUUAGUGGAUUUGUUUCAAGAACUUCCAAGAUCACAGAUUUUGAGUUUGAUACAAAAAAUUAUGCAGCAGCAUAAUUCAAUUUGUUAGUUUCUCUUUGAUGAAAGCUAAUCAAGAUACUAUAGAACUGAAUCCAACUUUUUUCUUUUAUUAAUUGGAAGAGAACAACCUGGGCUGCACCUCAAAAGGAAACGGAUAAGAAAGUAUUCAACUCGUCAG